UUUUAACCAUGACAAUGAGAUUAGCCAUCUCAGCUUUCCUCUAGUGAGGAUCAAUACCAUUAAAGUGCACAAUAAUGUUUAUUUAAACUAAAAUAAGUUUGUAUUUUUGAAAUUCCAUCUGUGUUUGUAGUUUCUGGCUCGCCACACGAUUAAGAAUUUGUCUUAUUCCAGUAACAGUGUUCUUUGAUGCUCUACACUUGUUUACAAAUACAUUAUACCUGAUAAAGAUUGUUAAAAUACCAACAGCAGCACAAGCUCUUUAAAGAAAAGUGUCAUUCUGGACAAAGCCUGUGUGAACAAAUCUAACAGAACUAAUGAGUGAUUUGUGAAUAUUAGCUCUGAGGUUGUUGACACUGACGUUCCUGGGAAACCCGUUUUGUAGGCAUCCUGGUAUUUAGCUGCAUCAACAGGUCUAAACAUCAUGGUGGUGAGUCAUGUUUGACUUACAGACAGUACCAUUAGUAACUGCUGCAAGGGGUUCAAUUAAUUAACACGUGAAAAAUUCACUGCUCAAAAGUAAAGGGAGCAUUUCAACAACACAAUUAACUCAAAGUCACUUCUGUGAAAUCAAACUGUCCCUGUAGGAAGCAAUGCUGAUUUCUCCUGCUGUUUUGCAAAUGGAAUAGACGACAAGUGGAAAUGAUAAGCAAUUAGCAAGACAUCCCCAAUAAAGGAGUGCUUCUGCAGGUGGGGAUCACAGCUAGACCACUUCUCUGUUCUUCUGCUUUCUGGCUGAUGUUUUGGUCACUUUUGAAUGCUGACGGUGCCUUCGCCCUGGUGGUAGCAUGACACAGAGGAACAGGAAGAGCACUGGCAGAAUUCUGCACAAUGACCUGUAGGCUACAAAUGUGCACAAGUCUGCUCAGACAGAAACAGACUCCAUGUUUUUAGACUGUGUGGUGCGCGUGGGCACACACGCACACAGUGUAGCCUGGCGUUACAGAUGAUAAUUAAAUACCACCUGAACAGAGAUGAAUGCUAUGUACAUCCCCACUGCUUAUAUUAUCUCACUAUGCAAUAAUUUAAAUCUUUAAAAAGUAUUUAUCAUUGUUCAAAUUUUACCUGCACUCCUUCCUGGUUGCAUUGUGCUUAUAUUGUUGCAGAUUCAUUUCUCAACACUUUGGACCAAUAUAUUACAUUUUUAGAACUUUUUUCAUUACGUUUUCCUUUAAUUCUAUAUUUCUUUAAUUAUUGCCCAAUCUAAAAACAGUGCUGAAUUCUAUUUUCAUGUGAGGUGUCAAAACAAACCUGUUCAUCCCUGAUUAGCUAAUUAUUACUGAUUAUUAAUCUAUUUGGAUUGCUGGAGAGAGAAUUGGUCCAGAGAUCUUUGUUACUGUUUAGAUUUACAAAGACACAGAUAAGAAAAUUACUGGUGACAGGAAACCGCAGGAGCAACUGGAAGACCCACAGCUGCAGGUCUCAGAUGAAAACACAAUUUGACGGAUUUGUGUGUAAAUUAAGAUGACGUAGGACUUCGGAUGUCUUACAAGUCGGCUCAAACGGACUUCCUCCGCGCGAGAGCCAAAUGACGUACCCACCACAGCGCGCGCAUGCCUGCGUGUGUGUGUGUGUGUUUGCUACGCACCUUCUGUCAGUGAACACACACCACAAGAGGCAAUAUUUUCAUUGACAAAACAUGGCGAGGCUGAGCGAGCAGGGUAUUCGGCUGAGUUCCAUGAGCCCUUCCUUUCUGAACAGCAACUCCACCAGUCACACCUGGCCCUUCAGCGCGGUGGCAGAACUCAUAGACAAUGCAGCAGACCCUGGCGUGUUGGCCAAACAGAUCUGGAUAGAUGUAGCGACCGAAGGCGAUCAGCUGUGUCUGACUUUUACUGACAACGGCAACGGCAUGACCCCCAAUAAACUACACAAGAUGCUCAGUUUUGGCUUCACGGAAAAGGGAACGGGAAAAGCCAGUCAGCAGGCCAUUGGCUUGUACGGAAACGGCUUCAAAUCUGGCUCCAUGCGUCUGGGUCGGGAUGUGCUCAUCUUCACCAAAAAUGGUGGCUGUCAGACUGUGGGACUGCUUUCUCAGACCUACCUAGAAAACAUCAAAGCCCAGGCUGUCAUUGUCCCCAUAGUGCCCUUCAGCCAGCAAACCAAAUCCCUGGUUGUGACUGAGGACUCAGAGGCCAGCCUAGCAGCCAUUUUCCAACAUUCUAUCAUCAGCUCCCAGGAGCAGAUACUUGCUCUCUUUGACUCCAUCCCUGCCAAAAAAGGCACCAAGAUAUUGAUAUGGAAUAUCCGCAGAGGCAAAGAUGGUAAGACCGAGAUCGAUUAUGACUUGGAUUCGACUGACUUUCGUUUGCCUGAGAUCCAGAUUAAGGAGCUGAAACAGGGUUUGUGGAACAGUGGGUUACUAAGACCUGAGCAGAACAUCCCAGACAUGUAUUACAGCCUCAGGGCCUACAUCAGUAUUUUGUACCUGAGGCCGAAGACGCAGGUCAUACUGAGAGGGAAGAAAGUUCUGGCCAAGCUGGUAUCUAAAAGUCUGACUCACAUUGAACAUGACGUGUACAAUCCACAGUUCAGUAAAGAGAAAGUGAAAGUGACUUUUGGACUAAACCCUAAAAGGAAGGAGCACUAUGGCAUCAUGAUGUACCACAAGAACCGUCUCAUCAAGGCCUAUGAGAAGGUGGGCUGCCAGCUCAAAUCUUCGGGUCAAAGAGCAGGGAUUGGCAUCAUUGGCAUUGUUGAGUGCAACUUUCUCAAACCUGCUCACAACAAGCAAGACUUUGAGUACACUAAAGAAUACAGGCUCACCCUUGGCGCUAUGGGCUUAAAACUCAAUGACUACUGGAGAGAAGUUACGGAGAAAAAAGCCAAAGAGCGAGAGUUUCAGGCUCUAGAGAAAGGCGACGAUAAUUUGCAAGAAGGCACCAAAGUCGGCUCCUUAUGGUUACAGUGUGAAGACUGUCUGAAGUGGCGAAGCGUCCCUCCAGAUCAUUAUAAAGUCACGCCUGAAAACUGGACUUGCAGCCAAAAUCCCAACUCACGUCACAGAAAAUGUUCAUCACCAGAGGAAUCGGAGGAGAGCGAGGAACUGUUAACACCCAGCUACCAGAAAAACCACAAGAAACUAGAGUCGUUUAAGAGCAGAAAACGAGAUAAAUCUCUAGAGGUUUGUCCAUCAGAGGAACCAACAGCUAAGCAACAAAUCCUGUCACACAGUCCAUCAGAGUCCCCGUCCACACACAGACCUGAACACACAAGCUCCGACACACAGGAACUCAAACACCAUGAGACAAACACACACAUUCUGGAAGAAGUCCACAGAGAUGAACACACGAAUGAUACACAGGCACAGUUAGAUGUGGAUACUGAUGAGAGAGAGAUGACAAAGCAGGAUGAAGCUUUGCAAUUAUCCAUAACACCAACAACACAAGUGGAAAAUUAUCAGAGGCUUGAAGACAAAGAGAGAAGCAGCGAGAGUGAGACACGGACGGAGACGAGGCAGAAAGAGGAGGAGGAGCAACACGCAGAUCCUUUAAGUCACAAAAGGAAACCUGAAUCUGUAUUUAACUACGCGAUGAAAAAACGCUGGAGACAGCAACAGUCAGACCCAGAAAACAUCUCAGAGGAUUCACGUCCUGGAAAACAAACAAACACAUUCAGAAAGGCCAUCCGCAGCCACUUAGACAAGUCUAUACCUCUACAGCAAAGCUCAACCAGUAGCACCUGGACCUACUCACCUCUCGCCACCCAGACUAUGAUGGUGUCUCCCCUUAGCAGGACCGAGGGGCCGCACGGCAGGACGCUGCCUCCAGAGGGGGGAGAUCGAAAGGCUAAAGUGCAGAAGCUAGCAGCACUGGAGAGGGAGGCUCAGAGGUUACAGAGACUUCUGGGUUUGGAGGUCACCAAGACAACUCAAAGCACAGUGACAGCUGAUCAGUUACCUGACUCAAACAAAGGAGGUUUGGUGAGAACAGUGGAGUCCAGAGCAAGCAGGGACAUUGGCUGUCAGACUGUCAACGCUGAGCAGUGCUCCACCUCAGUAUCUGGCCUGACUGCAGGUCUGGAGAACAGAUCAAAGAAGGAGAAGACUGAAGAUCAGAGUAAGACGACUGUGAGCGACGGAGAGGCUUGUGAUGACCUCAGUCCAGUGCAGCAGAGUCUGCAUGACAUCCGUCACAACGUGGUGGUUCUCCUCACGGCCCUGCUGCCCCAGUUGGACCUGGCCGGUAUCAGUGUGGAGACAGCGGAUGUCGACAACAUCCUGCAGCAGAUCAUAGAGGUUAACUCGCUACAAGAAUGACUGCCAUCAAGUCCUGGAGAGGAUUGUUAUGGUUCAGCCACAGUGUGUGGCUGCAAAGUGGUAGAACCCACUGAAAAAGCAGGUGUAGCGUGAUGAAUUGUCCAUUUCUGACCUAAAAGGCCCUGCUCUGUUUUGCUCUGCUCAAAGCAAAACCAGAAGUUUCUGACACAAACCUAAUUACAAGGAUGGGUCAAGGUCUCAUCUUCUGGUUCUAAACUGUUUCUUAUUUUCCAACUCAAGAGAAGACGACGAACACUUUCUUUUUAAUAAAUCAGAAGAACUCUUUCUCUAUUUUUAAUAAGCUAAUCAAACAAAGUGUUAGUCCAAUAAUAAAAUGUGAACCAAUCUGUGAAAUUACAAUGUUUAUGAUCAGUAGUUUUUAAUAAGUAAUAUAACUUUAAACUAGCUGCACUAGACAUUCUCAUCCACGUAAAGCUUAAAGUCACAUGACACAUUUCCUUUUUCUGAUCCAAUCAGAACCUUCCAGAUCUGACGUGAGGCGUAGUUUUGUUGGUGCUUAGUAAAUCCCCUCUUGUUGUCCUUUUCUGAUUCGAUCGUAAAUCAAAACAUCCAAAUUAUAAAACUAUGCCCACGUCAUCUUAAAUUCAGUUCAAAGCGUUCUAGAGAAGUUGUCGGAGUGGCCAAUCCGUAACUUUCCUCUUAAAGCCGAAAGAACCUAACAACAAGCUGGAUAAAUCUGUUGCAUGUUCCACCUGCUGCAACGGUUCCUUCAGAAUAAAAGCUGAACCAUCACGACCUUUCAGGGUCUUGCUAGAUACCAAUAAAACUGUUGUGACCUGGAAGUAUCUCAAGACUGGUCUGGUCGGCAGCCGCUGCUUUUCCGGCUUCGGUGCCAGAGGAGGUAAAGCUGGACCUCGACAUUCCUGAUCUAACGGGGACUUCCGCGUAGGCCGGCAGAAUGGCGUCUCAAUAUGUGUUAUGAAUCUCCAAACCGAAGUUUAGAGCGAAACAUCAUUUUCACUCCCAUCAGAACUAAUCGUUUUUCCUGAUUUGCUGGUUCUGAACAUAUUUCACACAUACACCAUCCUCAGUCUUACUUCACCUUAGUUACACCAUACACCUAGUGUUUAAAGUUAGUCUUGUUUAAUUUGCUUAGUAAUAAAUCUUUAAACUUUUA